AUGGGAAAAAAGGUGUGGGGUAUGUUCCUGCUGCCGCCGAUCGUGUGCGACCUGUGGGUGAGCAUGGACGUGCUCUUCUCCACCGCCUCCAUCCUACACCUCUGCUGCAUCUCGUUCGACCGAUGCCUCUCGCUCAAGUACCCGCUGAAGUACGGACGCAACAAGACCCGCUGUCAGGUGGCUGUGAAGAUCUGUCUGGUGUGGGCUAUCUCUGUCGUCAUCGCCGCCCCGCUCUUCAUUCUCUCACGGCACGACCGCAGCACGCUGCUCAUCGACGGCAUGUGUUUCCCCAACGACAAGACGUUCAUCGUCGCGUCAUCCAUCGGCAGCUUCUACAUCCCGCUGCUCAUCAUGAUCGUCACAUACUCGAUGACGAUACACCUGCUCAACACGCGCGCCAUCAAACACAAGAAUGGCGUUCGCGCAAAGCCGUUCGGCCGCCACCGGAGGGCGCCGGCGAGAGCGGCAGCGGCGGGGUCGACGACGACGUCUUCUGCCGCGGCGGGGGAGCGGGCGGCGGAGGCGGCGGCAGAGGCGUGGGAAGAAUCGUCAAUGGCCAUGUACGAGAGCGGUUGUCGCAUGCCGCUCGAUGGCGCCCCCCGGCGGAUGGGUGAGGAGCGGCGCGCCGCGGCGGGGGCAAGGCGGCACCGCGCGGCGGCGGCAGGAGCCGCCACCGCGGAGCUGGAGCUAUCGCCGGACCCCCCCGCCGACAGCCACACCCCCGCGACGCUCCUACCAGCCGCCGCUGCACGCAGGGCAAACUCCUACUGCAAAGCGACGGCGCCGAUGGGAGAGCUGCCGGAGUCGCGCUACGAUGAUGGUUGCCGCGACGACGGUUGCCGCGACGACGACGCGUCGCGCUGGAAGACGAAGUCACCGACGACGCCCAGCUCAACGAUGCAGCUAACGACGUCCGCCUCCGCGCACUCCGCGCUGCACCACGGCAACAACCACCAUGGCAACAGUCACCACGGCAACCACGUCGGCGUGCACAAGAAGCGCUCGCACGAGCGGCGGGAGAGCCGGCAGGGGGCGCCGUCGUCGGCGGUGGACUCGGCGCGCCUAGUCGGCUACGUCAUGACGAUGAAGACGCGCAACGAGCGCAAGGCGUCGCAGACUCUCGGCAUCAUCUUCACAGUGUUCAUGGUGCUCUGGUGCCCGUUUUUCGUCAGCUACGUGAUGCAGGCGGUGUGCGCACCGUGCCGCCGCCACAUCACCGAUGAGAUGAUGGUGGCCUUCACCUGGUUCGGCUACUGCUCGUCGAUGGUCAACCCCUUCAUCUACUCCAUGUUCAGCCGCAACUUCCGCACGGCGUUCACGCGCAUCCUCGCCUGCCAGUGCCGCAAGCUGCGCGACCGCAAGGCCGCCGCCCUCUACAUGUCCACGACGUACGCGUGA